AUGAAAGACUUAGGUGAACUCAAAUACUUCCUAGGAAUUGAGUUUGCAAGGUCAAAACAAGGCAUACUCAUGCAUCAAAGGAAAUAUGCACAUGAACUCAUCUCUGAGACUGGGAUGAGUGCUUCAAAACCAGCUAUAACACCUAUUGACAUUCACAUGAAGUUUACAACAAAGGAAUAUGACAAUCUGAUUAACAGUCAAGAUAGUUCAAAGUCAAGCACACCUGAUCAAAGUUCAAAGUCAAGUAUAGAUGAUCCUUUGACUGAUCAAGGGGCAUAUCAAAGGUUGGUAGGAAAACUAUUAUAUUUAACCAUAACCAGGCUUGAUAUUUCUUAUGGGGUACAAACCUUGAGUCAGUUUCUACAACAGCCUAAGAAAAGUCAUAUGGAAGCAGCAUUAAGAAUAGUAAGAUACAUAAAGGGUCAACCUGACCAAGGGAUUUUACUGUCAAGUGAUCAAAACACUACUAUUACUGCAUUUUGUGAUGCAGACUGA